AGUAUCUGUCCGUUAUACCUCUUUCCAUUUGCUACUCUGCAAGAAAGAUUUCUUCUCGCAAUUGCCGUGCCCUUUUACAUCUUCCAAGACCUGCCCGCGAGCGAGAUUCUACACAUCGUCGAUGACCCGACUAAACAUCAUGGGGAUGCCAUGCUCUCGAGAAGCCAUCUGCAUGUUAUCUUAACGCUGAAUAGGCAUUGCCUUCGCUGGAUCUCAGUCAAUCGCCUUCAGAAGAAUCAAAAAACACCUUUGGGAAGAAUCAGCCAAGGCACCGUCAAAAAGGCACAUUCUGCGCUAGCCAGGUACGAGCAGAAGCGCGAGAAGCAUCAGGCGGAGAUGGCGGCGCAGCAGAAGGAGCGAGAGGCAGCGCUAGAAGAGGCCAAGAAGUAUGUUGUUCUAGUGGCCACAUCGCUACCUCGCACCUGGCGUGUUACAAGUGGGGUGCGGCCAGUGGAAAUAACAGAUAUCGCUAACAUAAGUACAUGGCUUUCAGGACGUGAAGGAACAAGCAAGUAG